AUGACAAAGACACACACCUUUGGCAGGCAGGAGGCGGAAGCGUCCGCGAAGCGCCAGCGCGCGAGGGAAGCAGAAGCAGAGAGUACGGCCUCAGGACCGAAGAGAAAGAGAGCCGGGGAAGCGGCGGUGGGGGGGAAGAAACGGCGACCGGGCACUGCUGUAGAAGCGAGUAGGGCGGCCGAGGCAGCACUUGUGGCGAACUAUGUACCCGGCUGAUGUUAUUGCGCCCUGUUUCCCUCCCUGCUGUAUGCUAUACUCCUUUAUGUAUGUCCUUUGUAUUGCCUUCGGCCUCUGUGCUGUGUUUCUAUUUUUCAUGACCUCCCUGCCUACUCUGUCUGCUGUGUUGGGUACCUUGAUCUCGCUUUGCUGUUGCCUUUGUUUUUUGUACGUCUGGCUGUCUGCCCAUCUGCCGCCUCUUUGUCCUGUUUGGUCCGUGACUCCCAUGCCCUGGUGCGUAGUGCCUGGUGCUGGUACGUUACCCUUUGAUUUUUUCUUUGGGCGGGUGUGGGAAGCGUCCUCCGUUAUUUUUGUUUUUGUUUUAUUUUGAUCGGUUUCCGAGGGCUCUUUUCUCGAACGGUCGGAGCGAUACCUGUUAUUUUCUUUCUAUCAUUUUGUUUUCUUU